AUGACUUCCAACCGUAAUCGGCGCAUCGCCAAGGAGAUUGCCGACAUCCACAACGAUCAGCACUCCAAGAUCGUCGUCGAACCGGCAGGCAACGGGGAAGACCUAACACAUCUACGCGGUCAGUUCUUCGGACCGCCUGACACACCAUACGAGGGAGCUACCUACCAUGUCGACAUCCGGAUCCCGAGCGAAUACCCCUUCCGUCCACCGCUGAUGAAGUUCGAGACCAAGAUCUGGCACCCUAAUGUCAGCUCACAGACGGGCGCCAUCUGUCUAGACACGCUCUCCUCGCAAUGGUCGCCGGUUCUGACCAUCAAGUCCGCUCUGAUCUCGCUCCAAUCUCUCCUCAGCACACCCGAACCGAAAGACCCACAAGACGCAGAAGUCGCUGGAAUGCUCAUCCGCAACCCAGCUGAGUUCGAACACAAGGCACGCGAGUGGGCAGUCACGUAUGCUGGUGCGCCCAAGAAGGAGAUUGCUGAGGGUAGUGGGGGUGCCACCGCUGCGUCCAUCAAAAAGAAGGCCCAACAGGCGAAGCAGAACGAAGAGAAGUCAAAACUCGCCGCAUACAAGGGCUACAACAAGGACCUGGUCGACCGCUUUGUCGCCAUGGGCUUCGAUGUCGAAGCUGUUGUUGCUUCGUUUGAGUACGUCGGUAUCGAUCGUAUGGGCGGCGAGGACUACGAGCUAGAAGAGGCCUACAUGGGAGACAUCACUGCCCGGCUGUUUGGCGAAGCGUAG